AUGCCUAUCUUCGGAGAGAAACCACACACCUCAAUUACGGUGAAAGUGAACCAACUCUCUAAGCCAAAUAGGAAUGAAGAUUUGGAGGACGACUCAAUUGAGCUUUACUUGUCUGACUUGAUUCUGCUCAUAAAGCUUCAGCCAGGUCCUGGUCCUUCGGAAGCUGCAAGGGCAAUUCGUAAGAACAUCAAGUACGGUACAACAGUCCAAACUCAAUUGAAUGCUUUGCAAAUCCUUGAGCUUCUUGUGCUUAACUCAGGGCCGAAAAUCGGCCCUGUUUUGGCCUCAGACGAUAAGUUGCUUGAUGUCUUGAGGGGCAUUAUUACUGGAUCAGGCUCCACAGGUACUGGAUCAAAGUAUGACAAGGCAGUUCAGAGCAAAGCAAGAAAUCUUGCAAUUGGCUGGAAGCUGGAACUCGAAGGUUUGGAUGGCUACAAGUAUAUGGCAAGUUUGUGGAAACUGGCUGGAGGCAAAAGAAGGGCCCUGGGAAGUCACCAACGUGGCCACAGGAGAACCACGAGUGCUUUUGGCGACGAGAAUGCUUUGGACGAGCCAGACCUCUUGGAUAGGGAUGAUGAACUUCCAACUAGAUCUCCAAGAUCCCCAAGGACAACUCGUUCUCCACCCCCGUCUAGACCUGCCAAAAAGUCGCCUCCACCACGUCCUGUGCUGGCCUCGCCUUACUCGGCAGGAAGACCAGUCGAGGAUAAACCCAAGAAGAAGAAGGACAAGUCUAAGAAGAAGAAAAAGAGAUCCAGAAACGGCAUUGUGUAUGCUGACGAGCAAUUCAGAAUCCCUCAAAUUAACUACAAAGUCGAGGCUCCAAAAAUCAGAAACGUUCUCUCAGAGUGCCAAACGCACACAAGUGCGUUGAACAACGCCCUCCUCACAAUACCACCCGGUACAGAUCCUUUGGACGAUGAAAAGGCUGGAAAAGAGUUUGAGAAAUGUAGGAAGGUCAGAAGAAAGGUUCUUCAAUACUUGCAGUUUGUGGGUGCCGGCGACCAGUCAUCCAAAUCAAGGGAGACUAUUCAAAUGGAAGAGGAGUUUUUGGGCUCCUUGAUCAUGGCCAACGAGCAGCUCGUCGGCACGUUUACUCAAUUCGACAAGGCAUCUGGCUACACCCCGGAAAACCCAGGUCCUCACCAUUACGAUGCAGCUAGUGACAGUGAUUCCGACGAGAGCUACUAUUCAAGCGACACUGAGGAAGAGGAAGAGGAAGAGCCUGUGGAGGAUUCUAUAGAGCUGAGGCUCGAAUCGGCUCGAAUUCUGGAGGGAACUUCCUCAAAGCUACAGGAGGCAGUCAGAAACUCACCUCCAGUGCCACAGAAGCCAGCUAAAGAAGCGGCUGCAGAGCCAAAAGACCUGACUAUCCCAGAACAUCCAAAACUCAAGCGAGUUGCUACGGAUGCCACAGGAGUCUCUGUGGGUAGUGAGGACCCCUUUGGUGACAAGCAUGAAGUCUCCAACGAUUUCCGUCUAUCUACUAUCCUUCUGAAGCAUGUCAAUGAGGAGAACGAGGCAGUCAAGAAGGCACUUCUAAAUGUCACCGAACGCCAUCAGGAUGAUCUCAAGCAAGAGAUCAGGCGCCUGUUGACAGUCGAGCAGAAAAUUCAAUACCUCAAUAUAGAUGUCGCCAAAAGAGCACAUCUACUACGAAGAAAGGUCGCAAGCAGAAAGAGGAGGCUAGAAAAAGCCAUCGAGGGUUUGAAAAACGACAAAGACGGAUCGCUAUAUGCUGAUAUAAGGGAACUCAUGACUCUGGCAGUGCUGGUAAGUGCUCAAGUUCAGGGCUUAGCGAAUCUGGCUCUAGAAUACGAGCGCUCGAAAAAUGGCCCACUUUCAGGACCUGAUCCUCACAAAUACCCAAGACUAGCAUCAUUUUUCGGUACAGGCACCGAAUCCGUCGAUGUGGACUCGACAGAGAGCGAGGUGGUGGAUGGGUACAUCGACAACAGAGAUCACCAGCUUCACCAUAGGGACAGUCAUGAGUCCCAUUUUGACGACAGUUUCGACAGUGUGUCCAACGGAUUCCAGACGGCAUUCAGCGAGCCUGCAUUCCCCAAAAAUACCACAGGGGACGGCUCAAACUCGGGCGAUCUUAGUCCUGAUGAUAACGAGCUAGGUGCUUCCUCCUCCGAGGAAGAGCAAAGUGCCCCACCGUCGCCUAAAACAGCCGAGGCUGAGCUUGUCAAAGAACCUAGUCCCGAAGAAGUGACUGCCGAAAUGUUUGAACAGAUCAUGGAUAUGAACAUUUCGAAGUAUAGGCUGCAACGACAACGCAAAUACGACGAGCUUGAUCUUUUCGGGCCUCAAGUCACACUGGCACACCCAUCUACUGCACCCAAAAAUAAGUCCAACCCAUUACGAUUGCUAUAUUCUUCACUGGCUUUAGCCAAUAGCGACAUGCUCAAAGCACGCACCGUGGAAGCGGAAUCGCUCAAGUCACCAUUCGUCAAUUCCAAAUCUGUGGCCACGGUGCUGCCAACCCCGCAAACAUCACUUCAUAAGAAGUUGAGAAUCAGAGUGCAGCCAUUGCGGUAUAAUAAGAAGAACGACAAUUGUUGUCAGGAGUCUGAGAGAGAAGGGGAGACCAAUAUCGAUUCAUCGCCAGCAAAGGAGGCACUCACAAAAACGCUUAAUAAUUUCCUGGAUUCAGCAAUUGCGGAAGAUCAAGAUAAUGAGUUGGACGACGAUGUAUGGAACUCCUCGGCGUAUCAGACAGAUACUGAUGAGGAAGCGACUAGCAGCUCAGAGGAUACGGAGAGCCAAGAAGCAUCAGUGGAUAAUCCCCUCGAUAUUUCUGCUGAAGAUUAUCAAUCGUUUCGAAAGGAUUUGGCUAAAGCACGUACGAAGAAGAGCCAAAGAAGCGUUAUCGAGAGUCCCAUGCGAGAGUUCUCGCCCACACCAAAGCAUCAGCCUUCUCAUCGAACGCUCAAACCCAAGGGUUCCAUUCUCAAAAUAUCGAAUGGCACAAGGCGCAAGAACAAGGCUACGUCGUUUCUGCGCAGUCAAUCUAGGAAUUGCAUCACCCUGGUCAACGGGCUGCCUUUGAAAGCUAGCUCUCCGCUUCCUGAAAGUGCAGCUCACACUCCGUACAGAGCGAGUCCGCGAGCAUCAUUUGUCAAUGAGGUAUCUGCAUUGGGCAUGAUCCUCGGUAGCGAACCACCAAGAGCAGAGGAGUCUGAGGACGAAAACAGGGACAAUAGCAUCGAAGAUGAGGAGUCUCUCGACAACGAAAGCGCCAAGUCUGACAACAGAGACGGCGGCGACUACAAAAGUAUUGAUCGGUUACGGAGUUUAUUAGUUUAA